CGUUCUAGAAGGUCUAAGAGAACCAUGCCCUAACCCUUCACUUUGGGAAUUAGCGGCUUUUAGAACAAAAAUAAAAGAAAUCUGUAGGACUUGAAAGGGAACAAAUUUUUUUCACUCUUUUUAAAGUCCCGCUCUUAGAGCAGUAUCAGCCGAUUCGACACAGCACUGGCAGCGGGAAACUGUUCCCGCCAAGACAGGAAAGUGUUUGUUUAUUGCUGCUGGAGGAAGAUGCUGGACUCACUCAGGAAACUGAAGUUGUUGAAUAUCCACGAGUCAAGGAAAAGCGCAGAUAACGUUUUUUGAGAAUCACACACCUCUGAUUAUGGUGUGACUAGUGUUACUAGCAAACGGAGAUAGCCACGUAGUGUUUGGAACACCUGCUGAGCGAGGGACUGUGGUUGCAUUUGUGAAUUAUUUGGACAGUUGUCCAUUUGAAAGAACUGACAGGCACUUGAUAAUUUUACAAAGCUCUUUCUAAGAUUAAGCUGUUGAAUCUAUACUUCCCAUUAGUGCUUAAUUUUCGAAGUAUUACUGAUUCUUAUUUUUAUGAAUCAAGUCCUGGAAAAGCCCUCGAUACCUGAAUGAAAUAGUAGCGACAACGGAAAAGUCAGGUGCUACCCCUGUGGUAGGUUCUCUUAAUUUUAUUGUGAUACAAAUGGAAUAGCAGGUGUUCUCAGGUAUAAGGUUUGUAGUUUGCCAAAAUAUUCAUUAUCAGGGCUUCAGAUUCCCAUCAAGUUGUGGGUUUUUUGUUACUGUUUUUUCUCAGCAAAAUAAUUCCAUUUAAAAAUUUUGUAACAAGGAACAGGCUCUCAAUUAAGAUUAGUGCUUCUUUAAUGAUAAAAUCAUUUUGCCAUGUUAGAAGACACUUUUUCGGAAGAAGACAUCUGGGAAUACAAAUCCAAAAGAAAACCCAAACCAGUACAUCCGAAUAAUUGCUCUGAGAAUACUCCAAAAUCUGUUGAAAAAGCAACAGAUGGAAAAUACCAGUCCAAACGAAACAGAAAUAAAAAAAGAACUGUACAAGCUAAGGAAAAGGUAAAGGACCCUGAAAUGUGCCUUGGAGAAAUAAAUAGUCAGACUUCUAUAGCUUCUGGUGAGAAUUCUAGUUGUGGAGAUGGUAUCCAGCAGUCCCAAGACAAGGAGGCCACUCCGGGAAAGCACUGUGGGAUUCACAAAAACAAACAAGUGUCUCCAAAGAUACGUCCAGUUUAUGAUGGAUGCUGUCCAAACUGCCAGAUGCCUUUUUCUUCGUUGCUAGGUCAGACCCCUCGAUGGCAUGUUUUUGAGUGUUUGGAUUCUCCACCAGUCUCUGAAACAGAGUGUCCUGACGGUCUUCUGUGUACUUCAACAAUUCCUUCUCAUUACAAGAGAUACACUCACGUCCUGCUAGCUCAAAGCAGGGCUGGUAAUUGUCCUUUGAGCAGUCCCUCCCAUGGGUCAGGUGGUGGUUUCAGUAAGACUAAUUCAGGCCCUCUUUGUAGCCUUGAGGAAAAAUGGUCUCUAUAUCAGAAACAAACAGAGAACUUAAAAAGUAUUUCAACUGAUCCCUUUUUGAGGACACAGUGUCUAAGAAAAUCUCAGUCUCCAACUGAAACCAGUAAAAAGAUUUCCUUUUUGACAAAUAUCCAAACGUCCCAACAAGCUCCACAAUUUGUUAAUAAUGGCAAACUGCUAGGAGUUGGUUUGCCUCUUGCUGAAGAAUCAGACAGCCAGCACAACUCAGAGCACAUAAAUUUGCUGUUGCCAGAAAAUGACUUUAGCAACUGUGAAAUUUCCUAUUCUCCACUUCAAAGUGAUGAAGAAACUUACCGUAUGGAAGAAAAGCUGGAUGAUUCACAACAGGAACUACUUUUUACAGAAAGCUCUAAAGAUGGCAGCCUAGAUGAAGAUGACAGCAGCUCUCCUUGGUUUAAAAAAUUCCGUGGUCCCUUACUGAAGGACCAGGAGGAGAGCUGCCCUGAAGUGAAUAACUUCUUAACUGAAGAUAAAUACAAUGAAGAAUUGUAUGAAAACAAUGCUGUAAAUGAUUCAUCUCAAAUUAUUUUCCAAAAUGAAAGUAUUUUGUGUGGUGAUCCAGCAUAUACUGAUGAUGAUUUUAUGUUGUUUCCACCUGCAUUAGCAGUGGGGCUUGCUGCUUCUAGUUAUCAAGCCACUAAAGCAAAACCUGAUGAGCUGGAAUUUCACUCAUCUCAAUCAAAUAAACAAAAACAGGUCAUUGAAGAAUCAGCUGUUUGCAAUCAGAUUUCUCUUCCUUCACUUACAAGUGAAAUGUCAGAGCCUUUUGCAAGCCAGGGAGGAGGGUGUCUUUCUUUCUACCCAACCCAAAGUAAAAUUAGAGAAGUAUCAACUAAUAACCUCAGUGCUAAGAACAGUACUAACUCAGCAUGUUUCUGCAGUAAAGUUACAGUGUUAAAUACAGAGAAAUCUUGUAGUACGCCUACUGCUGCUAAGUCUUUGAAAACAUUGCCCUCUGGUCCUAAGUGUGAUGCAACACAGCCUUCUGCCAAGGUCAUGAAGCAAAUGGAUAUAGGUGUGUAUUUUGGACUACCACCCAAAAGAAAAGAAGAGAAAUUGCUGGAGAAAAGUGCGUUAGAAGGGGUGAACUUAAAUCCAGUUGUAAGUCCUAAUGAAAAGAGGUCCCGGCAGCGCAAGAGGAAAGCAGAAAAAUCUUUAAGUGACUUAGAAUUUGAUGCAAAGAAUUUAAAUGAGAGUCAGCUCUCUGUGGAAAUUUCUAGUGAGAAGUCACAGCGUCAAAGAAAGAGACUUAAAAAGUCAGAUUCACUACAGGAAGGAGCACGUCAGAAGAGGUCAGAUCGCCUUAUUAGCAGGACAGAAUCUGGAAUAGUCAACUUAAGUAAAGACAAAGUCUUCCUAAAAUCAGCUUGUGACAGGCUGCAGAGAGGGAACACGAAAAUCCCAGAGUCAUCUAAUUCAGGACAAUUAAGAAAAAGGACAUGUCCUUUCUAUAAGAAAAUACCUGGGACUGGCUUUACGGUGGAUGCCUUUCAGUAUGGACUGAUUGAAGGCUGCACAGCCUAUUUUCUCACACAUUUUCAUUCUGAUCAUUAUGCUGGAUUGUCUAAAAACGUCACAUUUCCAGUUUAUUGUAGUCAGGUAACUGGCAAUUUGUUGAAGUGCAAACUUCAUGUGAAAGAACAAUAUAUCCAUCCAUUGCCAGUGGACACUGAGUGUAUAGUGAAUGGUGUCAAAGUUGUUUUGCUUGAUGCCAAUCACUGUCCAGGUGCUGUUAUGAUCCUUUUUUAUCUUCCUAAUGGUAAUGUCAUGUUACACACCGGAGACUUCCGAGCAGAUCCCACCAUGGAACGUUCUCUUCUUGCCGGCCAGAAAAUCCACACUCUUUACUUAGACACCACAUAUUGCAACCCAAAAUACUCCUUUCCGUCUCAGCAAGAAGUUAUCCAGUUUGUCAUCAACACUGCCUUUGAGGCUGUAACUCUAAACCCACGUACUCUUGUUGUCUGUGGCACUUAUUCUAUUGGAAAAGAGAAAGUCUUCCUAGCCAUUGCUGAUGUUUUAGGUUCAAAAGUGGGCAUGUCCCAAGAAAAAUAUAAAACAUUACGGUGCCUCAAUAUACCAGAAAUUAAUUCCCUCAUCACUACAGAUAUGUGCAAUUCACUGGUUCACCUUCUCCCAAUGAUGCAAAUUAAUUUUAAGGGCUUACAGAGUCAUUUGAAGAAGUGUGAUGGAAAAUAUGAUCAGAUUUUGGCUUUUCGACCUACAGGAUGGACACAUUCUAAUAAGUUAACUAGUAUAGCAGAUGUCGUUCCCCAGACCAAAGGAAACAUUUCAAUAUAUGGAGUUCCUUACAGUGAACACAGCAGCUACUUAGAAAUGAAGCGUUUUGUUCAGUGGCUGAAGCCCCAGAAAAUCAUACCGACCGUGAACGUUGGCACCUGGAGAUCUAGGAGCGUAAUGGAGAAGUAUUUUCUAGAGUGGAGAUUGGAAGCUGGAUAUUGAUGUUACCUCAAUGGACUCACAAGUAGUUAGGUAACUUAGGUGUAGCUUGUUAGUAGUUAAAUCUUUAGUGAUAUGAAAUACACUUGAUGUGAAAAACCUCAUGAAGGUCGCUCAUGUUAUAGCUUAUUUUCUCGUUUACAUUUGAAUAACACGUUCAUGGUGCUGAGUGCCUCUCGGCAUCAUCAACGAUAGCUGAGACUGGUCUCCCUAGGACCCUUGAUUCUUGCCCUGCCCUGUGGGGGCAGUUAUGUUCUGCAUCCAGCCUUAGAAGUGGAAACAAAGGCAGGUUCGGGGACCAAAAUGGUAAUGGAUAAACUAGAUUGAAAGCAUCAUGUAUAAGUAAUUACGUAUCCUUAAAAUUAUUUAAUAUGGGGCAUAUUUUUAUGAGAUAAAAAUUUUAUAUUAUAUGUACACUUAAAUAAAAAGUCUUAAAUUUGC